CCGGGCAGCGCAGCGGCGGCGGCGGCUCGGCACGGCUCGGCACGGCUGGCACGGCUCGGCACGGCGCGCCGGGCCCGCACCGGCCCAGGGGCAGGAAGAUCCAGGCAGCAGUGGGACGCAGGGGUGCGGGAGCCCCUCCUUGGCACAGAGAGACAGAGCACAGCGGCAGCGUUGGGGUCUGCUUUGGUGCUGAAGAGGUGACGGUCGCAGGCGCCCGCCCUCGUGCCCCACCAUGCCGUCCAGUGGCACCCUCGACGCCAGUGGCCCCGCUCCCAACCGCGAUGCGCCCGACACACACAAGGGGGAAGAGGAGCCUGAGGAGACCCAGAGCAAGGAGGAGAAGCAGGAGCCAGGGACGCCCAUGAGAAAAGCCGGGCGGCCCGGGCGGAAGCGCAAGCAUGCCCAGCAGGUGGAAAGCAGUGACACCCCCAAAGACAUCGCGGCCGUCCCCAAGUGCCCCCCGCCGUGCCCGGAGGCCAUCCCUGCCGAGCCGCUGCCCAACGGGGAUGUGGAGGGGGACAGUGGGCAGUGGAAGGGCCAAGCAGAGGAGGGUGGCACGAGCCCCAAGGGCGGCCGCCCUGAGGAGGACGAGACGGAGAGCCUGCCGGACGGCGAGACGGGCCGGGCGCUGGAGAACGGCCGCUGCACCCCCAAGGAGGGCCUGGACGCCCCGGCCGAUGAGGGUGAGCUGGCCCCUUCCGACCCCCAGAAGAAACGCGGGAGGAGGAAACUCCUGGAAGCUGCAGAGAAAAGCAAGGAAGAGAAGGAAGAAAACAACUUUGACACCCUGAAAAUGGAGGGCUCCCGCGGGCGGCUGCGGGGCGGGCUGGGCUGGGAGUCGAGUCUGCGGCAGCGACCCAUGCAGCGGCACACCUUCCAGGCCGGGGACCCCUACUACAUCAGCAAGAGGAAGCGGGAUGAGUGGCUGGCACGCUGGAAGAGGGAGGCGGAGAAGAAGGCAAAGGUGAUCGCCGUGAUGAACGUGGUGGAGGAGACACCGCGGGCAGAGCCUCAGAAGGAGGAGGAGGCCAGUCCCCCCGCCUCACAGCAGCCCACUGACCCUGCCUCACCCAAUGUGGCCACCACGCCUGAGCCAGUGGUGGCCGACGCCGUAGACAAGAACACCUCCAAGUCAGCAGAUGAUGAGCCUGAGUACGAGGAUGGUCGGGGCUUUGGCAUUGGCGAGCUGGUGUGGGGCAAACUGCGUGGCUUCUCCUGGUGGCCCGGGCGCAUCGUGUCCUGGUGGAUGACGGGCCGGAGCCGGGCAGCCGAGGGCACUCGCUGGGUGAUGUGGUUUGGGGACGGCAAGUUCUCGGUGGUCUGUGUGGAGAAGCUACUGCCGCUCAGCUCCUUCGCUAGCGCCUUCCACCAGGCCACCUACAACAAGCAGCCCAUGUACCGCAAAGCAAUCUACGAGGUGCUGCAGGUGGCAAGCAGCAGAGCAGGGAAGAUCUUCCCAGCAUGCCCUGAGAACGAUGAGACAGACACCUCCAAGGUGGUGGAGAUCCAGAACAAGCAGAUGAUCGAGUGGGCUCUGGGUGGCUUCCAGCCAUCCGGCCCCAAGGGCCUGGAGCCCCCUGAAGAGGAACGAAACCCCUACAAAGAAGUUUACACGGAGAUGUGGGUAGAGCCAGAAGCAGCCGCCUACGCCCCGCCCCCGCCCGCCAAAAAACCCAGGAAAAGCACAACAGAGAAGCCCAAGGUCAAGGAGAUCAUCGACGAGCGCACCCGAGAGCGGCUCGUUUACGAGGUCCGGCAGAAGUGCAGGAACAUUGAAGACAUCUGCAUCUCCUGUGGGAGCCUCAACGUCACGCUGGAGCACCCUCUGUUCAUCGGAGGAAUGUGCCAAAACUGCAAGAACUGCUUCCUGGAGUGCGCGUACCAGUAUGACGACGAUGGGUACCAGUCCUACUGCACCAUCUGCUGCGGUGGCCGUGAGGUGCUAAUGUGUGGCAACAACAACUGCUGCAGGUGCUUCUGCGUGGAGUGUGUGGACCUGCUGGUGGGCCCGGGGGCGGCCCAGGCUGCCAUCAAGGAGGACCCCUGGAACUGCUACAUGUGCGGCCAUAAGGGCGUGUACGGGCUGCUGCGGCGACGGGAGGACUGGCCCUCACGCCUCCAGAUGUUCUUCGCCAACAACCACGACCAGGAGUUUGACCCGCCGAAGGUGUAUCCGCCAGUGCCGGCUGAGAAGAGGAAGCCCAUCCGGGUGCUCUCGCUCUUUGACGGGAUUGCCACAGGCCUGCUGGUGCUGAAGGACCUGGGCAUCCAGGUGGAUCGGUACAUCGCCUCCGAGGUGUGCGAGGACUCCAUCACUGUGGGUAUGGUGAGGCACCAGGGCAAGAUCAUGUACGUCGGGGACGUCCGAAAUGUCACCCAGAAACACAUACAGGAAUGGGGUCCCUUCGACCUGGUGAUCGGUGGCAGCCCCUGUAACGACCUCUCCAUUGUCAACCCAGCUAGGAAGGGGCUCUACGAGGGCACCGGGCGGCUCUUCUUUGAGUUCUACCGCCUGCUGCAUGAAGCCCGGCCCAAGGAGGGUGACGACCGGCCCUUCUUCUGGCUCUUUGAGAACGUGGUGGCCAUGGGGGUGAGCGACAAGAGGGACAUCUCACGCUUCCUGGAGUCCAACCCUGUCAUGAUUGAUGCCAAAGAAGUGUCUGCAGCGCACAGGGCACGGUACUUCUGGGGGAACCUGCCCGGGAUGAACAGGCCACUCGCCUCCACAGUGAACGACAAGCUGGAGCUGCAGGAGUGCCUGGAGCAUGGCAGGAUAGCAAAGUUCAGCAAAGUGCGAACCAUCACCACUCGCUCCAACUCCAUCAAGCAGGGCAAGGACCAGCACUUUCCCGUCUUCAUGAACGAGAAGGAAGAUAUUCUGUGGUGCACGGAGAUGGAGAGGGUCUUUGGCUUCCCGGUGCAUUACACGGACGUGUCCAACAUGAGCCGCCUGGCCCGGCAGAGACUGCUUGGCAGGUCCUGGAGCGUGCCGGUCAUCCGCCACCUCUUUGCGCCCCUGAAGGAAUACUUUGCCUGCGUUUAAAAAGAGAGACAGACAGGAACUGGUGACACGAGCGAGUCGGAAACGAAACCAUCCACACACGCCAAGGGAAGUGAAAACACAGGAUGAGAGAAGAGUCAGCACCCAGAAGAGAGACGGGACCACGCGGCCCGACGGGAACCCGACACGCGUCUCCCCGAGCGAAAGGGUUCGGUGUCCUCUCCUGAAUUUCCAAUGUUCAGGUUUUAGCCUAUUUAAAAAACAAACAAACAAAAAAACCAACAAAAAAAACCAAAACCACCAAAAAAAAAAUCGACAUCAAAACAACAGAAAAAAAAAAAAACAACCCCACGAAACGGAAAGAGGAAAAAAAAAACCAGGCAAAGCGCAACUAAAACCAACCCAAACCGAUUUUUUUGGGGGGUAACCUUUUAAUUUCCCGCUCUUUUCUGGCUGGGUUUUUCUGUUGGUUUGGUUUCCGCUUCUCAGAGCAGCGGGCGAGAGCCCAGACGCCACCCGCCCGCCGCCCGCCCCGCGCUCGGAGGAGGGGAACCGGCAGCGGGAACAGCCCCCCCCCGGGAGAGGCCAAAGGAGGCCCAGGAGGACCCGCUCUGUUCUGCUCCGCUCCGCUCCGGCCCGUGCUGGCAGCACCCUCCCCCGCCCGCAGCUCAGUGGCCCCUGUGGCCGCCAGAGUGGGGGACGCGCCGCGAGGCGCUGUGACAGGGAGGCGUUCGGCUCAGCCGGCUCCGCCACGGCCAGCACCUGAGCCUCCUCACUCUUUUAUUCCACCAGCACCGGUCACUGGUGAUCUGGAGCCAACCCGAUGGCAGGGAAGCCGGGAACACACACACCACACCACACACCUUUUCUACAGUAUUUUGGGUGCCUACCACACGGGAAACCUUGAAGACAGCAAAUCCUAGACGCCGUUGUUACCUCUUGUUUACAGUUUAUAUAUAUAUGAUAGAUAUGAGAUAUAGAUAUAUAUAUAUAUAAAAGGUACUGUUACUACUGUACAACCUGACUUCAUAAUGGUGCUUUUAAAACAGCGGGGAGUCGAGACAUCAGCUUCUACGUUGCCUUACGUGCCGGGCCGGGCCUUUCCGAGCGAGCGGUGCAGCAGGGGCCGGGGCAGCGGCGGCCGGGCGGGAAGCGUCUCCAUCCCGAGUCAUGCAAUAACCUUUUUCUGUCCUUAAAGGAAGUGACGGCCACCCCCACUGCCCCCCCUGCCCCCCGCCCGCGCACAAACGUACUGGUGCUCUUCUGCGUACGUGGCGUUCCCCAGCCGAGCCGGUGCUGGUUGUGUCCUCCCUGCCCCGGCAUGGCGGUGGCAGCAGCAGUGGGGUGGCUGCCACAUGCUCUUGCCUGCAGGUGCUGCCCAUCGGGGGCACAGGUGCUGUGAAUUGGGCUCGUGGCGGUGCUGUGGCGUGGCAUGGCAUGGCAAGGGAUAAGCAAGGAGCAAGCGCGUACUGGAGCGGUGCUGGUGCGGGACGGGGACGGAUGCAGGUCCCCGGGCCCUGGUGCUACAUCUGCGGGGGCCAGUGGGCAGGAGGGCGAUGCCUGAGAGCCUAGUGUGAGCCUGGUGCUGCCUGUGGUGGGGUCUCACACCUCAGGCUCAUUGUUGGUUGUGGAGAGCGUGGCCCAUCGGUGCCCUGUGACGGGGCGAUGGGUGCCGUGGGGCAGCGAUGUUGGUGCAGAGGUGCCGCAGGGGCAGCGGUGUCGGUGCGGAGGGCGGCAUCCCCAGGAGCUGCACUGGUGCUGGCAGUGCAGAGGGGAGCCGAGGUUGGCACAGGCAGGUGCUGGCUUUGCUGUGGAUGGUGCUACUUGUCUGGCAGCUGUGAGUGCCACCGGAGCUUGAUGGGUCCGGCUCGGUGCAGGGGCAUCGCCCCACAUCCCCGGUGCCCACCGGGGUGGCCGGACCCUGUGCCCAGCCGGGGGCAGGGACUGGUGCUAUGGCACAGGGGAGACUUCACCGAGGGUCUCCGGCCUGUCGCCGUCUCUUCUCUUAACUGUGAAAGGUGCUGGGGAUGGCGGGGGCCGCCGGCCGCUCGGUGCGGGGUGCUGGCUAAUUGGCAGCGAGUCGUGCCGGCGGCCCUAGGUGCUGAGAGGUGCUGGGACCGAUAGUGGUGGCGGGGCAAACAGGGGGCUGCCCUGAGGCCCCCCAAAGCUCCUUACCACGCCUGGUGCUACCAGGGGGGCUGGGAGGCCCCUCUGUUGGGUAGGCGGCAUGGGACGGCUGUGGUGGGAGGCACUGCGGGGCUCAGCUUUGCCAGGUGGUACAGGAAGGAAGGCAGGACAUGGGCCCCUCGGCCCCGGGCACCAAGCCACAGCCAUGGGGCUCUGACUCGGCCCUGGGGCCAGAUACUGCACUGCACCGUGGCGCUGGGACGAGGUUGGUGCAGGACUGCUGUGGCAGUGCUGGGUGCAAGCCCUGCAUGGCCCUGCAGCCCUGUCUGUGGGUACUGCAGUCCUAUCAGUGACUCCUGCACAAACACCAGCUGCAACUGCUGUGUGUCCUCGCAGAGCUGUUUGCAGGUGCUGUGCAGCCCUGCAGCAUCACAUGCAAGCUCUGCAUGGCCCUGCAGCACUGCUGGCAGGUCCUGCAUGGCUCUGCAACCUUGGCUGCAUGGCCCACAGCAUUGGUUGCAAGUUCUACAUGGCUCUGCAGCGCCAAGCGCAGAUCCUGCUUGGCCCUGCAGCACCAGCUAUCAGUCUUGUGCAGCUCUGUGGCACUGGGUGCAGGUCCUGCAUGGCCCUGCAGUGCUGGUUGCUGGUGCUGCACAAUCCUGCUGUACCAUUUACAAGUCCUGCAUGGCCCUGCAGCAUUGGGUGCAAGUGCUACCCAGCCCUGCUGUGCCAAGCACAGGCCCUGCAACCCCCUUUGGCACCAGCAGCAAAUCGUGCGCCGCUGCGCAGUGCUGCUGGCAAUCCUGGCGUGGCCCUGCAGCAGGGUCUGGGGAGCCUGGCAUGGCCCCGCUGCGGUGUUUGGGGUGCCUGGUGGGCCCUGCUGUGCUGUGCCAUCUUGGCACAGCCCCACAGCGCUUCCCCAGCUGCCCCCAGCACCGUGGCACCUUUCCCAGGCCAGGCAGUCGCAGGUGCUGCCGGUGGCGCAUCCCAAAUGUCUCUCGCACCCACCAUGAGCACCCACAGCUGGAACGCCUGGGCCAGUGCCGGCGCCAGCAGGAAGCAGGUUCCCAUCACGGCACAAUUGGCGUGGUGGUGCCAGGCUCGGUUCGGUGGUGCCAGGGCCACAGCGGCUGGUGGGGACCGUCUGGGGUAAGAGUUCAGUUUUUACCGUACCCGACUCACGUCUUUUCUUACAACCUGACCCAGACCACUUUGGUUGCACAGCCCAAGAUGAAACAGUGAGGGGAAAAAACAAACACACACACACACACACACACACACACCAACAAGACGCCUGAAAUUCCUUCCGAUCCGCCGAGGGAGUGGGUGGGUGACAAACACGGUGCUAAAACGUUUUAUUAAAAAUAUAUAUUGUUAAAUUAAGUCUGCUGUCUGGACAAUGACUGUUUGUUUUGUUUUCUUGUAGUGGAGUUUCAAAAGAGCACUAUUAUUUUACUCUUAUAUAUUAUUAUUAAAAAAAGCCAAAAAAAGUUUUAAAAAAAGCGAAAAAAACACACAAAAAAAAAAAGGAAAAAAGGAGAAGAAAAAAAAAAAGGCAUUUUAACUUUGUACUUGAAGACUAAACGAGAGAUUUCAUGUGUUUUAGCCUUUAGGCAUUUGAAGUAGCUGACGCUUAACUGUGUGUGGGGAAUCAUGUACUCAUCCUCCCGAGGAAUAAACGCGUAGAGUCCGGUCCCCCCCCGCCGCCGCCGUCCGGCUCGGCCCGCGCCCGCCAACCCGCCCACCACGUCCCCCCACCCCGACCCCAGCCCAGCCCCCCGC